CGGAGGGGGCGUGGCCCCGGGGAUAGAGCGCGGAGCCAUGGCCAUGGCUGUCUGCAGCCCCAGCCCGGCCGCCGCCCCCGCCGCCUUCCUCUCGCCGAGCCUGCAGGCCCCCGGCAGCACCGGCACCCCCGUGUUCGCCGAAUGCCCCGACAAUGACGAUGAGCGCGAGAGGCGCCAGCGCCGCCGCUCCAGGGCUGUGGAGUCGUCGCUGGAGGGCCUCGGUUCCCCAUCGGUCAGGACCAAGACCUGGCGGUCGCCGCUGCCCCAAUGGACGGACGCGCAGAUCGCGGAGCACUACAAAACCUGCAUCAAGCUCUCCGCCGAGAACAAAAUCACCACCAAGAACGCCUUUGGGCUGCACCUGAUCGAUUACAUGGCCGACAUCCUGAAGCAGGACAACUCGGAGCUCAUCAACUUCCAGAUGGCAGCCGGCGCUGUGGAGGCCAGCGCCAAGAUCUACGCCAUGCGCGUGGAUUCCUUGCACGCCGAAACCUUCAGGGUCCUGGGCCAGCUGGGCAAGCAGCCCCGCGCUGCCCGGGACACAGAGAGCCCCCAGGAAGACUCCAGCCCAGCCCCCGAGGCUGCCAGGAAGGCUCAGCCAAAGAAGAAGCAGCAAGGCUACAAAACCAUCGAGCAGAACCUGAGCAACAUCAACGCGCCCGAGGGCAGCCAGAGGCCUGAGGUGGAUCCCAUGUUCCAGCGCUCCAUCGCCUCGUUCGACGAGUGCAGCGCCGCCGGCAUUUUCCUGACGGGGCUGCGCCCGCGGGACUUCCAGAGCCGCCUCCUGUUCCCCUCGGAGCUCGUGCCCCUGCCCUCCUCGGAGAGCCUGGCCCUGCCCAGCUCCCAGCCCGUCACCGUGCUGGGCCUGAAAGCCCUGCUGGCCCGGUGUGCGGAAAAACGCCCGAUCUGCUCCUCCCUGGCCGGAUUCCGGUUCACCGAGUGGGAUCAGGAGUCCCACGACGAGUCGGUGUCGGCGCUGCUGGAGCGGUUCCGCGGCAGCGAGCACGCCUUCGAUCCCGGCCUGGAUCCCGGCAGCGAGGAGGGCGAGGGCCCGGCCCCCUGCCAGCCCGAAUUCCUGCCCGAAUUCCAGCCCGAAUCCCCGGAUGGGAGCCAGGGGGAACUGCAGCCCGAGCGAGACUCCCCGGGCCACGGCCACAGCACUGGAGCUGACCUGGGAGAGGGGGACGUCAGCACCAUGAGCCGGCACGUGUCCCUCAAUCCCGGGGAAUAUUCCUACUUCAGCCCCCGCGUGCUCUCCAUGUGGGCCGGCCCCGAGCACUGGAGAUUCCGGCCCCGGCAGCCCCCAGCCCCAGACCUGCAGAGGGAUUCCCGGCAGAGGAUUCCCAGGAAGGUUUUCGAGCUGGAUUUCCAGAAGAACAUCGACUUCCAGGCCCAUUUCCAGAAGACCAAGGCAUCCACAACUUUGGCCAAAUCCACCCUGGAGAGCCAGAACAGCCGGAGCACCACGCUCCCUGCAGACUUCAACUACGACCCCCAGAGCCUGGGGCAGCUCUUCCUCAAGCCCCACGUCCAGGUCAGCCCAAGCUUGGAUCCAGAGGGAGCCUUGGACAGCGAGGUUGGAAUUGAGGAUUACGACUACAACAACCCCAACGACACCUCCAACUUCUGCCCUGCCCUGCAGGUUCCUGACAGCGAUGACGAUCCCGAUCCCGAUCCCGAUCCCGCAGAAUUCCCGGGCCAGGCGGGGCCGCUCCCGCUCCCGGCUCAUCCCGAGGCUCCGGAGCUGCCCGGGAUCGACGGCGGCGACGGCUGCGGGGAGCUGGAGCUGAUUGCUGAGCCCCCCAAGGUCCGCAAGAUCCCCAUCCCGUACGCCAAGACAGCCAAGAGGAUGGACAUGAGGAGGCUCAAGAGGAACAUGUGGGAGCUGCUGACGGAGCAGGGAGAGGAGGAGGAGGAGGAGGCCGGGGAGGGGACGGACGUGAAGGUGGCCGGGGAGAAAAGCCUGAGUGGCCUCAUCCAGGACCUGCGGCACAGGCUCCCUCCCACCAUGGCCAGCGAGCUGUCGGUGCCCUUGGCCUUCAUCUCCCUGCUGCACCUGGCCAACGAGAAGAACCUGGAGCUGGAGAGCACCGAGGACCUGUCGGAUGUCCUGGUGAGAGGGGGGGAUUGAUCCUGGAGCCGCUGCAGAUCCAGCAGGGAAUGCUGAGAAAUCCCAAAAUCCCAAACCCCUGGCGAGGUUGGGAUUCAGGGAUGGCCUGGCUGGACAGAUCCCACCAGGAUCCAGCAGCUUUUCCCUGGGAUUGGGAAUCCCUGCACUUCACUGUGAACCCAGGCUGCUCUGUGUCCCAACAUUUCCUGUCUAUAUCCCAAAAUUUCCUGUCUAUAUCCCAAAAUUCUGUCUGUCCCUGUGUCCUUCCCCGUCUGUAAUUCCCAGUUUUUGGACUGACUGUUACUCCUGGCCCCCAUUCCCUCCAUUCUGGAAUUAUUCCCUUUUUCUACUGUUUUCAAGGAUAAUAAAGUUUGCACACUUUGG